AUGGGCGUUCAAAUCGCCAAAGCGAUGGGGCUUCGGGUCAUCGGCGUCGACACUGGCGAGGAAAAAGAGCGACUCUGUUCUCAACUGGGCUGUGAAGCGUUCGUCGACCACACCAAGGUCCACGAUCUACCUAAAGCUGUGCACAACAUAUCAGACGAGAGGGGUGCGCACGGUGUGAUAGUAACCGCAUCGUCAGCCGCUGCAUAUCGAGUCGCGCCUCGUAUGGUCCGUGUGGGUGGGAUUGUGGUUUGCGUGGGGAUGCCUGCCUCUGGGAUGGUAGUUGCUGGUGAUGAUCCUAUGUUUUUGAUUCUGAAUAACCUCAAGGUGGUUGGAUCUCUGACAGGAUCGCGGAAGGAUACGGCUGAUGCUCUGUCGAUGGCUGCGCGGGGGCUGUUGAAGCCGAUGUAUGAGUCGUUUAGUAUACAGCGACUUCCGCAUGCUGUAGAUCGAUUGAAACGGGGGAAGGUUCGAGGGCGGUGCGUGCUGGAUUUCAACACAUAA